AAGAAAGUGUCAACACACAAAAUUGUGCCAACCGAAUUGCAGCCUAUCUCUAACAGCCUCCUAUAGGAGAUUGGUGAGCCGGGCUCGACGCACGGGGAAGGCGGAGCAGGAGGAGGUACCGUUGCAGAGGAUACCGGAGAGGCCGGGUGAGAGACGCCUAAAGAAGGCUCCGGAGAAAGGGCAGCGGCCGGAGAUGAGGCAUCGAAGCCUACCCAUACAAUGUCGGGGGAGGUGGAUGAGGCAUGCCCGUGGUCGUAGAGAUCGAAGACGAAAUCAUGGCUGAGAAUUAGCUGUCUGGUGAUAGGGUUGAGGAAUAAGUAGUUUGGAGAGUUGAAGUUGUGUCCCAGGUACAUGUAGGUCUGGGUUUUUUUACCAAGCUUGUCACCUUGCUUCAUGCGCUUGUGAGGGCUGAGCAACACAUAUGCGGUACACCCCCAGACGCACAGAGAGCGGGCAGAGGGCGUGGCCCCAAGCCAGAGAGUGGUAGGUGUGGUGUCAGACCGGUGGGGAUGCGGAUAAAGAUUGUAGAGGAAUGCUGCAUAGAAGAGGGCAUUUUCCCAGAGUGAUCGUAGUGCGUUGGCGUGACUGAGGAGACAGCGAGCGAUCUGAACCAAGGUGUGAUUGCGGCUCUCUGCAAUGCCGUUCUGCUGCAGGCUUUCGGGGAGCGUGAAGGUUUGCCAAAUCCCUUGGGCCGCACAGAAGUUAUCGAGUUUGCCAUUGCGAAAUUCUCCCCCUCCAUCAGAAUGGAGACACUUUAGAGGAGUGCCGAACGUGACUUGAGCCUGGCGCACCCAUGCCAUGAUGAGGUCAGGUGCUUCCACCUUGGUAUGCAGGAGGUGCACGGAAACAUACCGCGAGUGCUCAUCGACAAGUGUAAGAAAAAACCGAUGACCGCCUCGGGAUGCGGCUAGAGCUGGGCCUUAGACAUCCAUGUGCACUAGGUCCAGCACAGCUACUGCGACGGAUGGAGAGGAAGGGUGCGGCUGCUGCCUGAGCUUGCUCUUGGUGCAGUCCAGGCAGGUGGGUGCAGGUGAGUCUGUUGGUGGAGGAAGCGCCGACGGGAGGCCAAGAAGAAGUUUCUUGGAAGCAAUGUCGGCAAGCGUACAGAAGUUGGGGUGACCCAAGCGAUGGUGGUAGAGGAUGGUUGGGUUGGCGAAGCUGCGACACGAACACGGAGUGGUGUUGGCAGCUUGCGCUUGGGAGAGGGUGGCGAGAGGUGCAGGUGAACGCAGCGUGUAGAGCUUGCUGCUGUUGAGUGUCAAGCGUGCUAAGAGCUUGUUGGACUUAGGGUCAAGGAGGUCACAGUGAUCCGAGUGUGCCGUGAAGGUCGUGGUGACGCCUGCCCGUUGGAGCUCGUGUUGGGCCACGAGAUUGUGGCGUAGUGUGGGAACACACAUGCCGGUGACAUUGCCCGAAGGGAAAGCUGGGCACUGAAUUGUGGAGGAGCCCUUGGCGUGUGUUGUGAAAUUGGAGUCUGCUCCUAGUAGACGGAUUGGUGUCUUGUAUGGCUUGAAGGAGUGUUCUUUCUUGAAAACUGCGUGAGUGUCCCAACUGUCGAGGGUGAACUCUAUUGUGGCUGAGGUGCUUUAUGAGCCGGGACACUGCGAAAUUGUCUCAUUAAUCAUGGCAGUACCAGUGAACAACAUGUUAAGGCGUACAUCAACAGGGGGAGCUACAGCAGCCUGCACGGAUUCCUGCGCUUCGACUUGAUUGACUUUGCGAGGAGCACGAUUGACCAUCCAGCUUGGCGGCUUCGAGGCGGUCCCAUUGACGGCACACCACUCGUUAUUCUUCUUCUUGAAGCAGGAAGCGAGGGCGUGGUAAGUGCCGCCACACACCUGGCCGGCACGAGGGCCGUGCUUGAUGACGUAGAGACACGGGGGGAAGAGGUUGCGCCGGAAUGGUGUCGAAGCGGAAUAGGCCUGAGGCACGGGAGCGCAGAUUGCUUUGGCCUUGGCUUGAGCGCUGUUGUCCUUUUCGGCAGAAAGGAGCGCGGAUGAGACCUUGGCAAAUGUGAGGUCUGCAGGAGCAAGGCCCAAGAGCAUCUUGCGUGUGACUUCAUAUGCCAGAGUGAGGCUGACUAGGAGAGCAGGUGCAGGGGCUUGCUCGAGAAAGACUAUCUUCAACUGCUUGAGUUCACCAUGAAUGGAUUGCACCUUGGUGACAUAGUCUGCAAUGCCUGGCGAAUCCUCGAGCCGCACUUGGAAGUGGUUGAGUAAGCCUUGCCGCUUGAUUUUCGUAAAGCGACGCUCUUAAGUCACCCAUAGAAACUUCGGUGCGCAGCACGACACUUCUGGGAAUCGGCCGACGAAAAUUGAUGAAAAUCACUCUGGCGGCUUUUCAGAGUUAUUUCACGAAAUGCCGCUAAGAAAGAAAUGGCGUUGGCGGAAAUAUGUUUAAACGCCGACUUGAAACUGAAUUUGAGACUAUGUCCAACCCCGGACCCACACACCCCCAGGCCCUGUCCCGCAGCUACACAGCUCCGCAACCAGCUCCGCAACCAGCUCCACAACCAGCUCCGCUCCGCUUCCACCUGUGUACCUGCUCUUGCUUGACUCGAGACGUUCGUGGAGGCGAUUCUACGAGGGGAGUUCGCCUAUUCUGGCGGGGUCCGAGGGGAAACUCGAAAACGAGUAUUAAGAGAUGGUCGAAAUUGAGAUUCGACUAAGGAGAACUGAAAGGGGCAGAGCGUAAGGCGGAGUGAAGGGCUGGGGCGGUGAGCUGAAGCAGGGAGUCCGAAGUGAAGGCAGAAAUCCAGUCAGGGAGGGGCUCUGCCGUAGGGGGAUGUUUAGAGGAGAGAGCGGAGAGUGUAUCCGACGUUGGGGGAGCGAGCUCACUGGCUUCGAGCGCAGCAAGAAAGCGAGACCAGUCGCCACACUUGGCAAAGCGCUUAGCACGGGAGAGGCGGGCUUGGGUGGCCGUGGAACGGGCCGAGGCUAGGUUAAGGGGGCGGGCAGCAGGGGCUGCUGCAGCUGAGGCCUCCAAAGACAGAGCACGCUAGUCGCCACUAAGAAAGCGUUGGGCAAGGAGAGCACAGGACGCGGUGAGGGAUUGCGAGUGGGCAGCCGCGGACAUACGGAGGAUGAGGCGCGAUAAAGCAAGCAAGAGAAGGUGGGCUGCAGCAUCUGAAGGAAACUGUGCAAGCUGGCGAAGCGGGAUGAGCAAAGCAUCAAGAACGAGGAGGCGGAUGCGAGGAGGAAUGCGGCGGAUGAUAGGGUUUGGAGAAACUGUAGGGCUGAAGAAUGCUGACCAGUCCCAGGUAAGGACGGCGUCCCAAGUGGCUGACGGGAACGCAGGGGGAGAAGCGGUAUCAAUAGAAGAACCUUGGGCAUAUGGAGGGGCAGCGCGAGGAGGGCAAGCGGCUUGCUGUCGUGCGGAAGUGUGCUGUUGGCAAGCUGUUUUGUGGCGCCUGAGUCCGCUUGCAUUGACACAAGAGCGGCGACAUAGAGGGCAGGUGAACGAAGAACUCGCAGGAGGUGGGUUCGCAGGGGCUGAUGGGUUCGAG